CGUUGUUGACUCUUGUAGCAAACCUUUAUUUUGAAAAUGUUGACAGCAUGGCUUUAAUGUCGAGUUCCUGUGUACACAUGUUCAUCACGGAACAUAGACAACUGCACUGAAGACUGCAAUGUCGUCUGGAGGCCAUCAAUGUAACGUUAGGUGUUGUUCCCACCAACUUGCGUCCCCCAGUGCGCACCAAACAUUGGAUGAAAUGGACUUUGAAAGAGGUAUUUGGUCUGCUGCAAUGGAUGGAGACUUGGAGAGGGUCAAAUCACUUCUCAAGAAGGGUACAGACCCUAACCUAAGAGACUCAGCCAAUUACACUGCUCUGCACUAUGCCAGCCGCAGUGGGCAUAAGUCUGUAUGUAAGUUCCUUCUGGAGAGCGGGGCAUGUGCCAACCCUCAGACGCCAGGUGGGGCCACUCCUCUUCACCGAUCUGCCUACUGUGGACAGCUUGACGUGGUCCAGCUGUUGCUUCACCAUGGGGCAGAUCCCCAGCUAUGUGAUGGUGAUGGAUCCUCCCCUUUACAUAAGGCUGCAGAGCAGAGCCAUGAAGAUGUCUGCAGACUCCUUCUCCAGUGCUGUCCCUCCCUCCGGAGCCACACAAACAAGAAGUCCCAGGUACCUUACCAGCUAGCACCAGAUGGACAUCUGAAGGAGCUCCUGGAACCCCCACAAUAACACAGGGACACCCAGCUUAACCAAAGUCAACACAACACAUUACUUAUCUGGUUAACUAGAAGCUUAUCAGUGAGGCAGUCACUUGAGUUCAGCUGUUUUGUGUUUGUUUUCUUAAGGUCCCCACCUAAACUGGCUGGUAAGGGAUUGAUGUUAUCUGGUGUAGUUCUUUCUCAACCAGCAGGGGGAGCAAGUCUACCAGCAAUUGGUUUACUUUGUCAACUAGCUGUUUCUGCAUGUUCACACUCACAAAAUGCCAUGGCAUGCUGAUCCUGACAUCCUGGCCCUGAAUUUGUUAGGUCUGGAUGGCCCUUGGAUAACUGCAGUAGCAUGCGCCUGUUUGUCUGUACUAGCUGCUUUGAGCCAUAGAGCAAGUGCACGUCUGUGAAAAAGAUGUACUGAAAAACUGAUGGGGUUAAAAAUGAAUCUGGCAGUAGUUUGCUUCAUGUUCUACUGUUUUUUCAUAGAACGUUGUGGAACUGAAGAGGCUUUCCAUAUGGUGGGAGGGCAUUCCAUAUGGUGUGAGACUGAAAUGUGUAUGAGUGUGUUGGGAGGAAGUAAUUCUGCAGCCUAUGGAUUUUCCUUGGACAAAGGAAAUAGCACCAGCCUCAACAAAAAUAGGAUUAAUCAAGCAAAUGAGUUGGCUUUAGUUUGACCACAUACAUUAUAUUAUGAAAAAUCUCUCAUUUUGUCUGAUCAGUUAUGAUGUCUAAGACUUGUAUAAUGUGUAAAUGAAUGGAUUUAUUGUUUCUAUGUUUGGUUAUGGACAUGAGAGGGAAAAAUUCCAUCUUAUGUCUGGACUUGACAGUAGCUACUUGGCCAACAUCCUUGCCUUUCAAUAAUUAGGUAAAUAUAUGGUUUGGAGUUAAAAUAUUUGCUGUCUCUCUCUUGUUAACAUUCAUUAAACUGAAUAAAACACUCUUUAUAUUAUUAACAUCUUUAUUACACAUUUCACUGCACCUAUCCAGUGUAUGUGACAAUAAAACGUAUAUACACUACA